CUUGUGACGUGUCCCCUUCUCUCCGCCCAGCAGGCCACUGGGCAGCCUGGCUCAACAGUGACGCCCAAAGCAUCUUGCGGCCACCUCACCUCCUGACAGCCGGCGUGUACAUCAGUGUGGACUGAGAGUUUGUGUGGCUGUGACUGAGUCCUGACAGAAGUGAGUCCCGCAGUCAGGAGCCAGGCUGCUCAUCUGAGCACACGGGUAUCUGCCACCAAGAGGGGGAAAGGGCUGGCUAGGAAACUCUAGGUUUUUAUUCAAGAGAAAUCUAUUAGUGAAACUGCAUAGUGACCAAGGCGCCAAGGGCCUCAGGAUGCGGACGCUUGCAGCGGCGGCUGUCACGCUGGUUGUGGUCUGGGCCGGAGUUCUCCUCCUUUUUAUCUUGAGAGGCAGAGGACUCCUCUGGGGAAAGACCAGAAAUGCUCACGUUCACAGUGUGUUGGAGGCCAGUGUGCGCACGGUAGACAGGGCCAUCUAUGCCUCCCUGGAAAGGAAUCUCAGAAAGAGGGACGUUGCUUCCCCAUCUCAGCUGCUGUCUUUUUCCAAGCUCCCCGAGCCGACAAGCAGAGCCAUUUCCCGAGCUGCGGAGAUCACGGAAGCCUCCAUCCAGGCACUGGGGCUGAUGCAGCCACUGCCUCCCCCGGGCUUUGUGUCAGAAGAUCUACUGAACAUGAUCGCAAAUCUGUCUGGCUGCCUACCUUACAUGCUGCCACCAAAAUGUCCCAACACUUGCCUGGCAGACAAGUACAGACUCAUCACGGGUGCCUGCAACAACAGGGACCACCCCACCUGGGGAGCUUCCAACACUGCCCUGGCCCGAUGGCUCCCCCCAGCCUAUGAAGAUGGCUUCAGCCAGCCCCGGGGCUGGAACCCCGUCUUUCUCUACCACGGCUUCCCGCUGCCCCUGGUACGGGAGGUGACGAGGCAAGUUAUCCGAGUUCCCAAUGAGGCAGUGACUGAAGAUGACCAGUAUUCUGACUUCCUGACUGUGUGGGGACAGUACAUUGACCACGACAUAGCCCUCACCCCACAGAGCACCAGUGCCGACUGCCAGCUGACCUGUGAGAGCCGGAGUGCUUGCUUCCCCAUACAGCUCCCCGCUGCCGACGCCUCUCCAGGUCCCCAGUGCCUGCCCUUCUCCCGCUCAGCAGCUGCCUGUGGCUCAUGGCCGCGCAGCGCACUCCUGGCCAACCUGUCUGUGGUGGCCGCGCGGCAGCAGGUAAACGCGUUCACCUCAUUCUUGGACGCCUCCACCGUCUACGGUAGCUCCGCGGCCGCAGAGCGGAGCCUGCGCGACUGGACCGGCGCGCCCGGGAGGCUUCGGGUCAACGCGCGCCACCACGACUCGGGCCGCGCCUUCCUACCCUUCACGCCGCCUAGCAAGCCUGCUGCCUGCGCCCCAGCGCCCGGCUCCCCGAACCAGACCCGCGUACCCUGCUUCCUGGCUGGUGAUGGUCGCGCCAGCGAGGUCCCUGGGCUCGCAGCCCUGCAUACGCUGUGGCUACGCGAGCACAACCGCCUGGCCGCAGCGCUUGAGGCCCUGAACCCGCACUGGAGUGCAGACACGGUGUACCAGGAGGCGCGCAAGGUGGUGGGCGCCCUGCACCAGAUCAUCACCCUGAGGGAUUAUGUGCCCAGGAUCCUGGGACCUGAUGCCUUCCAGCAGUACGUGGGUCCCUACGAAGGCUACGACUCCACUGUGAACCCCACUAUAUCCAACGUCUUCUCCACAGCUGCCUUCCGCUUCGGCCAUGCCACCAUCCACCCACUGGCUAGGCGGCUGGAUGCCACCUUUGAGGACCACCCGGACCUCCCCCCGCUGCUGCUGGGGGACGCCUUCUUCAGCCCCUGGAGGCUCAUCCAGGAAGGUGGUGUGGAUCCUAUCCUGCGGGGCCUCCUUGCCAGGCCGGCCAAGCUGCAGGUGCCUGAACAGCUCAUGAAUGAGGAGCUGACCGAGCGGCUCUUCGUGUUGUCCACGCCUGGCUCCUUGGACCUGGCAUCGCUCAACCUGCAGAGGGGCCGGGAUCAUGGCCUGCCAGGGUACAACGCAUGGAGAGAGCUCUGCGGCCUGCCCCGGCUGCAGACCCUGGCCGAACUGCACCGUGCCGUCGCCAACAGGACUGUGGCAGACAGGAUCAUGGCCCUGUACAGGCACACAGACAACAUCGACGUAUGGCUGGGUGGCCUUGUCGAGGACUUGCUGCCUGGGGCUCGGACCGGCCCCCUGUUCGCCUGCCUCAUUGGAAAGCAAAUGAAGGCCCUGAGAGAUGGGGACAGGCUGUGGUGGGAGCAUACCCCGGUCUUCACAGAGGCUCAGCGGCAACAGCUGUGGAAGCACUCGCUGUCGAGGGUCAUCUGCGACAACUCCGGCCUCACCCACGUGCCCAGGGAUGCCUUUCGUGUCGGGCGGUUCCCCCAGGACUUUGAGUCCUGUGAGCACAUCCCCAGCCUGGACCUGGAAGCAUGGAGGGAGACGUUCCUACAAGAUGACAGAUGCAGCUUACCAGAUAGGGUGGAGAAUGGUGACUUUGUGCACUGUGAGGACUCCGGAAAGCGCAUGCUGGUGUAUUCCUGUCGCCACGGAUAUGAGCUUCAUGGGCAGGAGCAGCUCACUUGCGCCCAGGACGGGUGGGAUGCCCAGCCACCUGUCUGCAAAGAUGUGAAUGAGUGUGCAGACCCAGCGCACACACCUUGCCACCCUUCUGCACGCUGCAGGAACACCAAGGGCAGCUUCCAGUGCCUGUGCACCGACCCCUAUGUGCUGGCUGAGGACGCCAGGACCUGCAUAGACUCCGGCAGGCUCCCGCAGGCAUCCUGGGUCUCCCUGGUACUGGGGGCACUGCUGGUCAGCGUCUUGGCGGGUGUCACCUGGAUGGUGAUCUGCAGGUGGAUGCACUGUGCGGCAGAAUCCACACUGCCAGUCAUCGAGGGAGACGCGAAGGUCCCUGCCCAGCCGGGAUGUAGAAUGUGUCGGGAAGCGGGCACCUCGAUGUGCAGUGCUGCUGCUCUGGACCUGGAGCAGGUGAGUCUCCUGAAUUUCCUCAAGGUGACAACAUGCAAAGGCAUUUCUCAUGAACAUCCACGAAAAGGCCCAGCCGCUCUUGCAACAGCACACUGGCGCUGGGUUUUUGGGACCUGGUCUGUGUGCAGUUCUGCACCUUUCCUUCUGUCCAUUUUCUCUGGUACAAAUUAUAUUGAUAAGAGAAUGAUCAUUUGUCAAAACUCAAACCCAAUUUAGAAAACAUUCAGACAAAUUAGAAUCACUGAAGCAGAUGGAACAUGAUGAAAAUAAUUCAUUUCUUCAAACCAGUUAUAAAACCAGCUGCUCGCCUAGGGCUGGGGUGGGAAAAGAAGGAACCAGGGUCCUACUGUCCCCCUGGGACACAGCCUAGUGACCCGGACCCUGCCCACAGGCCCACUCCUGAGGCUGAUCAGAACUGGGCGGGCCCUGGGCUCACCCCAGCUUCUCUCCUGCAGGAGCCAGCCUAUGGGUCACAGAUCCCCCUCUGCAUGUAGGGGCUGAGCUCUGCUUGGAGUCCUGGCCUUGCCAAGCCCACACGCUCAGCUUGGC